CGUUCCUUCAAACACUGCCCUCAUCAACGCUCGUCGCUGGUUAGACAUUUGGGAGAGUAAUCGCCACGCCUCGGUAUUUGCAGAUCUUGGGAUUGUGAGAAAGGACGCUGGAAAUCUCUAAUCAGGUCAUCUUGAUAGUGAGCUGGGUCUCUGAGUGAUUAGUGAGCUGGGUGUGAGUGUUAGCUGGCUCUCUUAGUGAGCUGGGUCCUGUGAUAGUGAGCUGGGUCUCUAAUAAUGAGCUGGGUCUCUGAAAUAGUGAGCUGUGUCUUUGCGGGAUAGGGGGCUGGAGCUGGGCCUCGCUAGUUUGUAUUUAUACAGGGAAGUUUGGCCCCAAAUAGGGACAGAGAGUUUGGGUGUGUGUAGGGAUGGGGGAAUUACGUCUGUAUAGGACGGGGUGUUUGGGUCUGUAUUAGGGACGAGGGGAUUUGGGUCUGCAUAGAGACGCGGGACUUGGGUCUGCACAGGGACGGGACAAGAGAUUUGGGUCUAUAUUGGGACGAGGGUUGGGAGGAGGGGUCUGGAUCCGGCCUGGGACAGGGGGUUUGCGUCUGUCUAGGGACGCAGUUGGUCUAUAGGUAGAGUUGUCAGUGAAGUGUGAGGGCGGUGAGAGCUCAGGCUGGGAGUGACAUUGGGAUGAACGGCGAGACAGAAACAGAUCUGAAUGAGUCUGAGGUCAGUGCCAACGGCACCUUGGCCAAUGCAUUUGCCCAGCCAGCCUGGCAGGUGGGUCUCUGGGCAAUCGCUUACUCAGUGAUCAUCUUGACCGCUGUCUCUGGCAAUGUGAUCGUGGUUUGGAUUAUCCUUGCUCAUCAGAGGAUGCGGACUGUCACCAAUUACUUUCUGCUGAGCCUUGCGGUGGGGGACGCCUCCAUGGCUGCGUUCAACACCGCCUUCAAUUUCAUCUACGCCGUGCACAAUGAUUGGUACUUCGGCCCGCACUAUUGCCGCUUCCAAAACCUGCUGCCCAUCACUGCCGUGUUCGCCAGCAUAUACUCAAUGACGGCCAUUGCCCUGGACAGGUACAUUGCCAUCAUCCACCCUUUGAAGCCCAGGCUGUCGUCCAGCUCGACUAAGCUAGUGAUUGGGGUUAUUUGGUUCCUGGCCCUGGCUCUAGCAUUCCCACAGUGUUUCUAUGCCCGCAUUGUGCAAUCAGAAAGCCGCGUGAUCUGUAAGGUGGACUGGCCUGGGGAUGUCGGAGGACAACAUCAAUUGACAUAUCAACUUGUGGUGAUUGUACUGACGUACCUCUUACCAUUGAUGGUGAUGGGAGUUGCCUAUACAAAGGUGGGAAAAACACUGUGGGCCAGCGAAAUACCUGGAGACUCAACAGAAAGAUAUAGUGAGCAUUUGAAUGCAAAACGAAAGGUUGUGAAAAUGAUGAUUAUGGUUGUUCUGACCUUUGCCUUUUGCUGGCUGCCCUAUCAUUUGUAUUUCAUUCUGGCCAGUUUCAAGAAGGACAUCUAUUAUGAAACCUACAUACAACAGGUGUAUCUGGGCAUAUUCUGGCUAGCCAUGAGCUCAACCAUGUACAACCCCAUCAUUUACUGCUGCCUUAACAACCGAUUCCGCAUUGGAUUUAAGCGAGCUUUCCGCUGGUGCCCCUUUGUACAUGUCAGUCCCUACGAUCAACAGGAGUUAACGACAGUGGUGAGCUUCCGAAUGACAUGCAGCAGCACAUACACUGGAAACAGGAUGGAAGCAAUGGUAACCAGCCACACCGAUUCCAAUCAUGAUGAAACUGAGGAGGCAAAAGCAAAAUUCAUCACUUCUCAGACCAUUCUUUGAAAUGCAUUUGGUCGUGUAUAGGAUCUCUUCAGAGCUGAGGACUAAUAUUGAAACUGGCAGCUCCCACAUAGAGGGGUUACAUUGUCUGGGCUCAAGGAGAUGAAACAAUGAGCCAUUCUCCAAUGCUGACUCUCAAUUCUUUGACUGAGAUGCCUGACUUGAUGUUCCUGAAUCUUCCGUACCCACUCCUGUUCUUCAGUUCUGAUUCCUGAUUUUCUAAUCUAGCUGCCGAUUCCCUGAAACUGGAUCCUGAUUCCUGGUCCAUGAUUCCCCAGAUCCCUGACCCAGUAAUCUAAGCUCUCCAGAGAACUGAGCAUACUAAACCUGCUCAGGCUCAAAACAACCACUUCAUCAGGCUGACUGAAUACCUUAGCAAGUUACAGGCUUUUCAUGUCACCUUCAUUCCAAUGUCGACAUUUUGGGCCUUCCACCCUAUUGUCAUGAAUGUGCAGGAAGAAUGUAAGUUGUGUAAAUACAAGAUAAAGAAAAAAAAGACUUGCAUUUACAUUGAGCCUUUCACAACCUCAGGUUUCUCUUUUCAGUAAAUGAGGUAUUUUUGACGUGCAGGUAUUGUCAUUGUAAAUAGGGUUGUAAUAGUAAUAAGCCUGUGCAUGAAGCAAUUUCAACUAUCUGUGUAUAGGGAAUGUGAUUUACAAUUGAAUGAAGAGGCUAUUUUAUCACAGAAAAAUAACCUUGUUAAAAUUAAGGUUAAUCAUCUUUAAACUUUAUAUUCAAUGAUUACAUUUGUCUUUUGCUGCUGUUUCACUUUAACUUUGAACUGAGGAGAUUUCAGGAUGCAGGAAUCAAUUAGUGACACUACUGGUAUGGACCAUUAGAUCAUAAUCCUGUUUGUGACCCACCCUUCCACUAAUCAGGGUUUAAACAGAGAGAGAGAGGACAGAGCCUCUGAGAAAGCAUAUCAUUCUCACUGCAGAGUGAACUGAAUGCAUGAUUAAAACUUUAUACAUUAGAGUGUCUUCUUUUGAGCAGAAAGGUUUUAAGGGGAGAUGGAAUCAAGGUGUCUAACAGUAUGAAGAGUUUUACUGAAUUAGAUAGAGAAAAAGCAGGAACACUGGUAACCAGAGGGCACACAUUUCUAAUAAUUGACAAAAAUCCAUUUGGAAAUAAUCAAGUUUAUUUUACACAGUGCAAUAUUAUGAUCUGAAAGGCAGAGGAAGAGUGGGGAAAGCACAUUCAAUCAUAAAUUAAAAUAGGGAAUUGAAGAAAGCCUUGAAAAGGGACAUUUUUAAAAGACAUAGGUAAAGAGUAGGGGAAGUGGAUCAAAUAGAUCUUUUAAAAAGCCAGAAUAGCUGUGAUAAACUGAAUAGCCACCUCCUGUUUGCAUCUUUCUUUGGCAAUGACAGCACAAAGCAAAGAAAUCCUUCAAAACAGGACCAUCCAUCUAAAUCUGAAGAAAAUCACAGCCUUUCUCUUUCUCACUCUAUCUCUCACUCUCUCUCUCUGGAAAAGAGGAAGUAUAUUUAGGAGACCCAAGGUGCAGCAUAGUAGGACAAAGCAACUAAGCUAAUGCUGAGGAUCAUUCAGAACAGAGUGAUUGGAUCCAGGAACAAGUGAGCUCUCACAAGGCUGCUAGUAUCUCCAAGAGCCCAAGGAAUAUGAACAACAUUAAACAGAACGGUGUUUCCAAAUCCUACCUGCACCCGAGCUGGGUGCAACGUGUGACCCCAUCACACUGUUUUGUAUCUGUGAAGUUUUCCUUACUGUCCUGUUUUGACACCACCACCUCGAUAAAUUGUUAUGGUCUCUCUAUCUUAUUUAGUUUGGAUAAUUUUGGAUUACCUAUUACAUUGGUUAUGUUAUUCUAGCCAUUUGGUUUGUCUCCAGCAUCACCUUAUUUUUAGUCUAUGUAACUAUCCUUCUGCCUCAUUUAUUCAGAUUGUUAACAAUUUUAUUUACACUCACAUUCGCCAAUGUUUAAGAACAGUUUAGACUAGAAUGGUAGUUGCACAGAGUAAUAGUAUCAGCAGUGGUUUCACUCUGCACCUUUAUUAACUGAGUUCCUGUUCAGAUUGGUUAUUAUACCCAACUGUUUUGGCCACUGGCCUCACUUGAUUCAACACUGGAAUACAAUCAGGAUACAUCAGGGAAACAUGCUUUGGCCCAUUCAGUCCAUGUCAGUAAUUACUCACUCCGAUUUGUUAUCUCAUUUCUGUCAUUACCAAACUAAUUUAAUCUAAGAACUCUUGGCUAAUCUAAUCUUGAGCUAUGAUAUUGUUUCUGUCUCAAACACAAGCCCAGAAUUAAAUUACAGAGGCUUGCCUUGUCUCAGACUCUCAGUUACUGGUUAUAGCCUGAUCCCACUUCACCUGCCAUUCUUUUCCUUGUUCUGAAACAGAGGUGCACGUCAAAUGUAGCUUAAGGAUGAUUUUUGUAAACAGGAUCCAGAAGUUGUGGAGUUGUGUAGUUAUGUUUUCCUGGCUAUCCUAGAACUGCGACCGCUACACCCCACCACCAAACCGAGAAUUGCUGCUAUCCACAAACCAGCCACUCGCUGUGGCACCAUGAUACCACAUUCAGACAAGGCAGGACCUGGCAACAGGCUUAUGGUUCAUUCCUGAAAGAAGAAGCAUGAAACAGUCAUGCCGGCAGCAUAGUAGAGUUAUUUAAGAGGCUAGGCAACCUUAUUGCAAGUAAUUUCAUAUUUUUGGAUCUUUUUCCAAUGUCUGGAAAGACUCUGAUGUCUGCUAGACUUGUCAUUGUAUGCUCACUUCAUCACAGGGAGUGAAGAAAGAGGCAGGGGUCCUGCCCUUGGACAGAGAGGUGAGCGAGGGCAGUGGGCAAUGUAAAGGGAAGGUGGGUAGGCAUGGAUGGACAUGUUUCUGAGAUGGGUUAAAAGGAGAGUAAGUACAGUUUAAUAUGGACAAAUGUGAGAUAACACAGUAGAAGUUUCAGGAAACUAAAAUUGCUGGGAAAUCUCAGCAGGUUUGGCAGCGUCUGUGGAAAGAAAACAGAGAUAAUGUUUCGAGUCCAGUGAUCCUUCUUCAGAACUGACUGAAAGCUUGGCAAAGAUUGGUAUAUAAGCUAAAGUUGGGGUGGGGCAAGUGAGGAGAAGAAUAAACACUAGAUGGAAAUGGAGCCCAGAGACAGAGAUCAACAGUCAGACAGAAAAAGGAAUGGGUAAAAGUCAAUCUAAAAGUAUCAAGGGCAGCUAAUGGGGAUCAUUAGUAGCUGCCAAUGGUUGUGGUAUAAGCUCAUGUUUGUGGGGGUUGGGGUAAGGACAUCGGAGAAGAUGCUCAGGUCCUAAAAUCAUUGAAUUCGAUCUUGAGUCCUGAUGACUGCAGGAUCCCCAUGCAGAAAAUGAGAUGCUCUUCUUCCAGCUUGCACUGAGCUUCACCGGAGCACUGCAGCAAGCCUGAGACAGAGAUUUUGGCCUGGGAACACAGUGGCAACUAGUGAUUUGGUGAUAGUUUUGUGGACAGAAUGUAGAUGUUCUGCAAAGCGGUCACCCAGUGUGCAUUUCGUCUCCCCAAUGUAGAGGAGACCACAUGGUGAGUGGUGAAUACAGUGAAGUGCAAGCAAACCGCGGCUUCCUCUAGAAGGUGUGCCUGGAGCCUUGGGAUGUGAGAAGGGAGAAAGUAAAUGGGUAGGUGUUACACCUUGUGUGAUUUCUCAAAGAUCCAUCCCAUGCUGGCAAUGUUUUUUCUACAACCUCUACCAUCAGGGAGAAGGUACAGAAGCCUGAACACACGCAUCAGCCGGUUUUGUAACAGUUUCUACUCAACUGUUAUGAGAAUACUGAAUGCUCUCUCAAACUCUUAACAUUCGCCUGUACCUGUGCUUUUGUUUUUGCCACUGUUUACCUAUUAUUUACUUAUCUAUGCUACUUAAAUAUGUGAUCUGCCUAUAUUGCUCACUGUACCUCGGUACACAUGACAAUAAAUUCAAUGCAGUUCAAUUCAAUUCAAUUCAAUUCAAUACAAGGGAAAGUAAUAUGAGGCUGUAGGCAGGCAUGAGGAGUGGAGGAGGAGUGGACUAGGGUGUUCCAGAGGGACCAGUCCCUGCAGAUUGCUGACAAGGGAGGGGUGGGGACUAUGCGUCCGGUGCUGGUAUAUCGCUGGAGGUGGUGGAAAUAGUAGAUAAUGAUCCUUUGGAUAUGGAUGUUAGUGGUUUGAAAAGGGGACCCGAUCACUGCUGUGAGAGGGAACAUAAGGGGUGAGGGCCAAAGUGCGGGAGAUGGGUCGGAGUUGGCUGAAGGCCCUGUCGACAAUAGUGCUGAUGAAUCCUCAAUUGAGGAAGAAGGUGGUCAUAUUGGAGGUUCCCUUGUUGAAGUUGGCAUUAUCUGAACAGAUGCAAUGGAGACAGAAGAACUGGGAGAAUGGAAUAGGAUCUUUACAGGUUACAGGGUGUAAGCAUGCAUAGCCUAGGUAACUGUGGGAGUCAGUGGGUUUGUAGUGGAAUUGGUGGCCUAUGUUGUGGUUCUGUUCGCCGAGCUGGGAAUUUGUGUU